AUGGUAGUUGAUAGCAGGGUGAACUAUCCGGAGCCGUCAAGCUCCAUAUCAAAGAUAGUCUUGGUAGCCUCCAUCGCUGCCGGAGUACAGUUCGGCUGGGCGCUUCAGCUGUCGUUACUGACGCCCUACGUCCAGCAACUGGGGGUUCCACACAAGUGGGCCGCCGUCGUCUGGCUCUGCGGCCCGAUCUCUGGCUUGCUGGUGCAACCCAUCGUCGGCUACUACAGUGACCGCAGCACUUCUCGUUUCGGACGCCGCCGCCCUUUCAUUAUCGCUGGGGCAGGGCUUGUUGCAGUCGCCGUUUUCCUUAUCGGUUAUGCCGCCGAUAUUGGAGUCCGUGCCGGCGAUUCGUUGGAGAAAUCCACGAAGCCAAGAGCUGUGGCUGUCUUUGUUGUGGGAUUUUGGAUUUUAGAUGUUGCGAAUAACAUGCUGCAAGGCCCAUGCAGGGCUCUUUUAGCCGAUAUUUCGGGCUCAGACACACAAAAAAUGAGAACGGCAAAUGCUCUCUUCUCGUUUUUCAUGGCUGUCGGAAACAUCCUCGGCUACGCUGCCGGAUCGCUGAAGGGUCUUCACAAAGUAUUUCCCUUCACGACGACCAAGGCAUGCGAUAUUUACUGUGCCAACCUCAAGAGCUGCUUCUUCCUAUCAAUUUGUUUGCUUUUGGUACUCACUAUCUUGGCCCUAACUAUAGUGAAGGAAAGACCAUUAGACAAAAUUGCUACGGAAACUGAAGAAGGAGGGUUGUUGUUCUUUGGUGAGAUUCUUCGUUCAUUCCAACAGUUGAAGAAGUCCAUGUGGAUCCUUCUUCUGGUAACUUGCUUGAACUGGGUGGCGUGGUUCGGAUUUUUACUAUUUGAUACUGACUGGAUGGGCAAGGAAGUUUAUGGCGGAGUUGUCGGCAAAGGAAGCCUUUAUGACAUGGGAGUCCGGGCAGGAUCACUUGGUCUGAUGCUCAAUGCUUUCGUUUUAGGUGCAAUGUCACUCGCAAUUGUUUAUUUUGCUAGAGGAGUUAACGGCCCUAAAAGGAUUUGGGGAGUAGCUAACUUUUUCCUAGCCAUCUGCCUCCUCAUGACGAUAGUGGUUACCAGAAUGGCCGAGAACAAUCGACAUGCAUACGCCACAGUUGGAGGAGCUGAACCACCACCGCCUCCUGCUAGAGUUAAAGCCGGUGCGUUGUUGAUAUUCGCCCUGUUAGGAAUUCCCCAGGCUGUCACCUUCAGUAUUCCUUUUGCAAUGGCAUCUAUCUUUUGCAGCAACUCCGGAGCUGGCCAAGGGCUUUCUCUGGGUGUGUUGAAUAUAGCCAUUGUCAUACCACAGAUGUUUGUAUCAGUUAUAAGUGGACCGCUGGAUGCUUCUUUUGGUGGAGGAAACUUACCGGCUUUUGUCCUCGGAGCUAUUGCAGCUGUAAUUAGUGGAAUCCUUGCUUUGACUGUUCUGCCAUCCCCUCCGCCAGAUCAUGAUACUCCAGUUGUUGUACCUGCUGGAUCUCAUUAG